CAGAGCUCCCUGAAGAUGUCUGGCUCAUAUUGCUUCAAACUGUCUGGACAUUCGCUGUUUAACUGCUGAAGCUUUCCUACCAUUUGUUUUUCUCCUGAAGUCUUAAUCUGUUGAGGGAUGAGAAUCGACUGCUAUGGAAUCAAGACCAACUAAAACAUGAGAAGAUGUAUUCAAGAUGAUCCAGCCAGAAGAUUUUUCACUUCAUAGAAAUGUUUGUUUAAUAUGUAAUAUAAUUUGACAAAGCCAAGUUCAAUUACUUCUCUUGAAAUUAAGACGCACCUGUGGCCUUCAUCAGAAAUGUUUCUAACAUUUUCAAGAAAAAAUAUGUCCCAGAAACUGAGUAUGUUUUUAUUAGUUUUUGGAAUCAUUUGGGGUUUGAUGUUGCUGCGUUACACUUUUCAGUAUCCAAGACGCCAAAGCAGUGCCGAGUUGCGUGGACAGAUACUAGAUCUCAGUAAAAGAUAUGUCAAAGCACUGGCAGAAGAAAAUAAAAAUCUAAUGAAUGGUGGCGGUGGAGCCUCUAUGGCAGGAUAUGCUGAUCUUAAGAGAACAAUUGCUGUUCUUCUGGAUGACAUCUUACAACGCCUCGUGAAAUUGGAAAACAAAGUUGAUUACAUUGUUGUGAAUGGCUCAGCAACAAAUACUACUAAUGGAACUAGCAAUCAGGUGCCAAUAACUUCAAAUAAACGUGUAAAACCAGCAAGCAACAUUAGAUAG